AUGGCGCAGCCGAGCCGGCAGCGCGUUAAUAGGUGCGACUUUCCAUGGUGGGCACGAACGGGAAGGCGCUGGGUCGCUGCAAUCGUUCGGAUGUGCGGUGACAGCUCUGGGUGCAGAGGGUCCCUCGCCUUUGAAAUGUCGCUGAUAGCCAGCUCUUCGUCUUUACCACACGCUGAAGAUGUUGGAACCAGCCUCUACUUUGUGAACGACUCCCUGCAGCAGGUCACCUUCUCCAGCACAGUGGGGGUGGUGAUCCCCUGCCCGGCAGCAGGGUCACCCAGCGCCGUCCUUCGGUGGUACCUGGCCACAGGCGACGACAUCUACGAUGUGCCCCACAUCCGGCAUGUCCAUGCCAAUGGGACUUUGCAGCUCUACCCCUUCUCGCCAUCAGCCUUCAAUAGCUUUAUCCACGACAACGACUACUUCUGCACCGCGGAGAACUCGGCUGGCAAAAUCAGGAGCCCCAACAUCCGUGUUAAAGCAGUUUUCAGGGAACCGUACACCGUUCGGGUGGAGGACCAAAGGUCGAUGCGUGGAAACGUGGCUGUUUUCAAGUGCCUCAUCCCCUCUUCAGUGCAGGAAUAUGUUAGCGUUGUAUCCUGGGAGAAAGACACCGUUUCUAUCAUCCCAGAAAAUAGGUUUUUUAUUACUUCUUAUGGAGGUUUGUACAUAUCGGACGUGCAGAAGGAAGAUGCCUUGUCCACCUACAGGUGUAUCACCAAGCACAAAUACAGCGGGGAGACGCGGCAGAGCAACGGCGCCCGGCUCUCCGUCUCAGCUGCCUGA